AAUCUUCAUAUAUUGAUAGAUCUGCAUUCACUGAUAAUAGUGAACUCAAUAUUAAAUCAUUGAUUAAGAACUUGAAGAAUAUGAUAAUGAAGAAAUUGUCUGUGUUAUAUAUAAUCAGAUCUUCUGCAUCUCUCUCUGUCUCUUCUACUGCUAUUUCUUUCUCUAUCACUCUCUCUCAAUCUUCUAUACCUGCUUGUGUGUCUGAUUCUCCUGCUUCUGCUAUCUCUGUUUCUGUAACUCUCACUCUCACUACUUCUACUCUCUCUGAUUUUAUUAUCUCUGCUUUUAUUAUCAGCUCUUCUCAUUUUAAAAAGAUGUCAUAUAGACUUCAUAAACUAU